UGGAGCAAAUUGAAGUCUGAAGGGGGGGUGAAAGUUUAGAGACUUCCCCCUCCUUUGAUAUUCAAAAUCAUUUCCGAAUCAGAUCAGAGAGAUAGAGAGACGGCCAGAGAGAGACAAGACGGGGAGAGAGAGAGAGAGAGAUGAACAGAGUUUCAAGGUUCAGGAAGAAGGGCUCUUCUGCAUCAGAAACGGUCGACCCGAGUAAUGACGCGAAGAAGAAACUGAGUCCUCGGGAUCCAUUAAAGGAACUCAAUAGCUUCAACAGCAGCGAUAGUAGCAGUACUUCUCUGUCGAUUGAAGCCCCGAGAGGUUGCUUAAGAUUCCUUCUCUCUAACUCUUCUUCUAGGACCCCUCUUAACAGGCCUAAAACUCUUCAGAAAACACCCAAGUCAGCCCCAAAUCCAAGACCCUCGAACUCGAAGCCCAGAUGCAAACGUCCGGCAAAAAAGCAACCGAGCAAAUCCUUCUCAGAAAACCCAGAAAAACCUAUAUCGCAGAACCCACAGAAUGCUAAGAGAACUCCAUGUCUCUAUCAGUGGCAAAAUGGUAAAAAGCCCGGUUUCAGAGCAACCCAACAACUCAAACCUCCACCAGGUUUGGGGAGCACUGGCACUCCUGCAAAGAAAUCGACUUCUGGGCCUUGUUUGGAAGAGGAACCUGUUCAGAGUCAGAAGAAAAUGCAGCAGCAGCAGCAGCAGCAGGAGCAAUGGUCUACAGGGAUGUUUGCUUAUACAGGUGAGCCUUCUGAGCGAAGAUUACUUAGUUCUGAAGCAGGUGAGAAUGAAAAUAGUACUCCAGUAAAUAAGGUAGCAUCUGGGCUGGGUUUGGGUUCUACACCUGGUAAGGCCUUGGAGGAGAACUCAACAACAACAACAACAACCACAACUCCUCCUGUUCAGGUUUCAAUAUCUCCAGAGCUCCAAUGUGGGUCGUCUAUGGUCUCAACUCCUGCUUGUUUUGCUGCCGGCCAUGUUCUUUCUGGAGUCACUGACAAGAGGAAAUGCAGGGCAAGAGGCAUUCUCACUGUAGGAGAGGGUUUAGGGUUUAGUAAAGUUAGGGAUUUCAAUGGCACUGAUGAUGAUAAUGCUUUAGAGCUUGUCAACAAUUCUAGGGCUUCUUUAAUUCCUGCUCCUACUGAAGCUUCAAUGCGUUGGCUCUUGUCCCCCUAUGAUGAAGAGGAGGAUCAUAAGGGCACAUCUCCAAAUGGGUCACCUGAAUCUAGAAGAUUGGUCGACCUUAGAGCACUAUAUUCACCUUCUUCACCUUCAUCUGGUCAUCGGCUUUCUUCAGAUGUUUGUAACAAUGAUUAUGGCAAUGGUACCACUGCCACUAGGAGUGGUAGGUGGAGAAGGGGUUCUUUUGCUUCAAAAAGUGAUCUCCCUGAAUUUGAAGGGUUUGUGGGACCUAUUCCAUCAGUAUCUCAAAUUAGUCCCUUAUCUGAUAAUUUGGUUGGUUUUAGUUCACCAUGUACUGGUACUAUUGCUGCUACCUGUGGUUUCAAGGCUGCUAUGCCACCUGAAGGGAGAGGAUACCGGUAUGAUCAUGCAGCAGAGAAUUCCCCAUUCUCUUGGAAUUCUCUGGGUAGUGGAAAUAUGAUUUGCACCCCACAGUCUGGUUCAAGCUCAGAUAGACGGCUUGGUUCAUCAUGGCUGAAGGCAAAGGAUUAUCAAGAGUGCCAGCUCGAACUUGAUUCCAUGGUGGAUGCUUUAGCAGCUACAAGUUUGUCUCCUGAAAGCUGCAUGACAAUGCGCGAUCCAGCUGAUGUCUUGCCACUUCCUGGUUUAAGUUUCCAGUUUUCACACCCAUCUACCCCUUCCAGUUCUAUUGACCAUUCGAAAAUUUGGAAGCCUUGGAAUGAUUGGGCUUUGGGGAUUUCAAGUUCUAGCCUUUCGAAUGCAUCACAAUCGCAGAUGAGGAUAUCAUGGAGAGAUGGACUUGUUAGUCGGAUUUAUGAGAUGGAUGAGUUAGAUUGCUGUAGAUGGUCAGAUGAAGAAGAAGUUAACUGUUGUGAUAACAGUCGUUAUAACUUCAAUUUCAGUCCUGAACUUGAUCAGAAAGAAAGAAAAGAUCUGUUGUCAACUGAUGCUUGUGGGUCUCCUGAAUUUGUAUGUGAAGAACCAGUAAUUGAGGGAAAAAGCAGACUGACGCUUCAUCCUCAGAUACCCAGUUCAUGUGCAGAGUCUAUAAGCACAGAAGGAGGUGGGCUGGUGGCAUCAGAGGAUUCUGAUUGGACUCUGUGCUACAAAAACCAGUUAUUUCAACCAUAGAAACCUCUUUUUUUAGUCUCUGAUUAUUUCUUUUUGUAAUCAGCUAACCCACAAGGCUGGGUUUCCAGAUUGAUGAUUGAGAAUCACCAAUUGAGGACCACCCUAGCCAUCUAUACUAUUGUAACCUGAUUUGCACUUUGAUGCAGUUGAGGAUAUUAUAACUAGCAUUCUUGUUCA